CAUAAAGCUGCGCGUGCGCCGCGCGGCGCGCAUUUCGCAGUGUGCAGUGCGUGAAGUGCCAUGUGGAGUGUGCUAGCAGUUGUUGUCGUUGGGACCGCGCUCGGGAGCGAGCUGCCGGAGAAUUUCGUGCGCUGCCGGCAGAAGGACCCGAAGCUGAACGAAUGCCUGAAAGAUGCCGUGCCUGAUGCCCUCUGGAAGAUGAGAAAAGGCAUCCCCGAGCUCGCCGUGCCAUCAAUAGAACCCCUCCACGUAGCGGCCAUCAACAUUCAAUCCGGCGUCGGUCCCGUGGUCUUGGCGCAAAGCUACAGGAAGAUACAACUUCAUGGGCUCGCCGAAACUAUAUUGACUACUUACAAAGCCGACCUGAAGCACUACCGCCUGGUGACCAACUCCCUUACUCCAAAGAUGGAGUUCAUAGCCGACUACGUGAUGAAAGGAAGGAUUUUGGUGCUACCCAUCCAAGGGAAGGGUGUCGCCAAUGUUACUAUGGUGAACCUAGUAGUAAAGCACGACCUGAUAGGCGAGCCAGUGGAACGCGACGGACAGACAUACAUGCACAUCAAAGACUACAAGGUCCGCUUCUUCCCGAAGCGGGUGUUACUGCACUUUACCAACCUCUUCAACGGCGACAAGCGGCUCGGCGACCAGAUGAACUUGUUCCUGAACGAGAACUCGGAACUAGUGUUCAACGAGCUAAAGGAUUCCUACGAAAAGAGUCUCAGCUCCGUAUUCCAAAACGUCACUAAUACCAUCUUCGAUAAGGUGCCUAUGAACAAAAUCUUUCUAGAAGACUGAAUUAGACUUAAGUACUCAGUAAUUUUAAAGUUCUGAAUCAAAAGAAACGCAACAGAGAAAAAUCCUACAAACAAUGUCGUUUGUUUUUGUUAUUAUUUAUUUAUUGAGAAGAAACCAAAGUCUUUAAAAUAUAUUAUUAAAACAACCUUAAUAAAAUUUGACCAUUCUAUCUGAUGAUAUUAAAAUCAAAGAGUGAUAUAAUAAGAAAGACGAAGCAACGCUUAGUGCGAUCAAAUUAUUUCAUAAUCAUGACACAUUCCUAAUUAGUAAGUAACCUUGAUCAAAGAGCAUAUAAUAGGAUAGAGCGGUACUGUCAUAGUAAAUUUUGUAACCACAGAAAAUUCACUACCAUCUAUCGAUACACUUUAAAACUAAAAAUGAAGAUUUAUAAAAAUACGAUAUAAUGUAUUUAAAUAUGGAUAAAUGUUUUUUUUUUAUUUGCAUUAAUUAUUUUUAUAUGAUUUGACCCAUGUCCUUUCACUGAUAUGCGUUAAAAUUGUUAAAUAACAAACGUAACCGUCAACGCCAUCUAUACAACAGUAGGCCAAAGCUAGUGGCGCCCUCUGAUCGAGAAUUCUUGAUUUUCGAGGCACGUUUUUUCCUUAGACUGUAUCCAUCUAUUACGGAGUUAUAUCUAUCUGUGUUAAAAUGUAAUAAUAAAAAUAUUGAUAAGUAUUGUAGAAUUUUUUAUUGACAGAUUUGUAAUAAGAAAACAAGAAUAAUUAUUUAUAUUAAGACAAAUUAAGAGUAAAAGUAGUGUUUAAGUGGGUUUAAUAUUAAAGAAACGUCUGAUUUUGUAUAUUUAUUUCAUUGGUAAUGUAAGGUCGAUAAUAAAUUAAACUUUUUUACGAGCUAACAA